GAGAGACAACAAUAGUUGUUUGCAACUAUAAUAAACACUAAAAAUGGCUUUCAAUUUCCAAGAAUUUGCUUGCAUCGAAUGCAACGACGGUGAUGUUCUGGUAUGGAAACCUCUCCUUGAAAGGAAUUCCUCGACUCUAAGAGAUGCAAUAGUUUAUUUUUGUACGAUGACAUCAAAAUUGAAGGUUAAUUGCAUGCGAGGCGAAUUCAUACAGAUAAUAAUCUAUUUAGUGUCGAAUGAGCUUCAUUUAAGUUCUAUAGAAAACUGCUUAAAUAUAUACAGACUCGGAAGCGUAUUUAAGAUAGAAAAAAUAAAAGACAUUUGCAGAAAUUACAUCAUUCAUCAUGUAAACAUUGAAAACAUUUGUUACAUUCACGAUUUUGCAUGCGAACACGAAGAUUAUUCGAUCCAAUAUCAUUGUUGGAUACAAUUCGAUAGACAUUGUCAGGAAAUUCUGGAUUCAGAAGGUUUCCUUUCUUGCAAGGAUACAACUAUUUCCAGAUUCGUUUCUAGACCGAUAUACAUGUCACUCAAAGAAGAAAAUCUGUUUAAAGCAGUAUUGAAGUGGGCAACAAAAAGAGCUCUAAACGAACCCAGCCAAUCAACAUCAAUCACAGGAUUACGUAUGGCAAAAUCAGAAGAAAUUCGCGCUCAUUUGGCACCUUUUCUACCUGAAAUACGCUUACUUUCCUUGGAUAGAGAAACGUUAGAAAAGGAUAUAUUCACAGAAAACAUUUUAACAGCAGAUGAAAUGAAUUCACUUCGAUGUUUUUCCAAGAAUACACACCCCUCUACCUCAGUUCCUCCAACAAUUUGUAAUAAUGAUAAAUCUCGUAAAUAUGUCUUCUAUAAUUCAUUAAUUCAUUAUAUGAAUAAAGGCAGUCUGGAUACUGAUGAAAGGAUUAAAUUAGAUGAAUCAUAUAAGUUUCAAGGAAGAUUCUACACAGAAGUGGAUUGUUUUCUUCUAGGUUUCAAUCUACCGAUAUUUCACGAAAAACCAAUAAUUUUUAUGGUAGAUGUGGUUCCUGAAUCGCAAGAAACAAUAACAAUAAAAGAGAAACUAAUGACGUGUGAUGAAAAUGGGCUGAUUAAACUAGAAAAUCCAAUUUUUAUUGCUAAAUAUUCAGUCAUUGCGGUAUUUUCGAAGAUUAUACAAGCAAAUUCUGAUAUUUGGAUUAAUUCUCAUUAUUAUUUUCUCACAGACACAAAACUUGAUAGCAAAAAUAUUGAAGAUAAAUUUAAGAUUUUAUAUAUGAACGUCGCUUUAUAUUUUUGAACUAAAAUUUUAAAAUUC